AUGGAAGAAGCCACAUUUCGCUCGUUCGUGGCGCUGUGGCUCAAGGGCAUUCUCGACGAAGCGGCUGGAGAUGGAGAUGGAGAUGGAGAUGGAUCGCUUCUUCCUCCUUCAUUCGCUCAGGCGCUACUUGCCGCUGAUCCUUGCGUCGACCAGGAGCCAGAUUGCUUGGCGGAUGAGCUCGAGCUUGUUCGCUCUUGCUGCCAAGUUGAUCUUGACAAGGCUUGUAUCGAAGGAGUUCCUGCGUAUCCACUCUACACGCAGCUGGCUGCGAACUUGUGUCGCUCCCUCGAGGAUUCCAAGACCCCGGUCUUGGAUAAUGCGUCUGAGCUUGAAGAGGGCGAGGAUCAACGAGACAGGAAACGCGAGGUUCACGCUCGGGUGAAGCAACACCUUGCUCCUCUGGCGGAGGCCUUUCACGGCGUAAGGUUUCGACUACACGUCCAAGACAGGUUCCUGUCUCAACUGCGAGAUGGAUCGAAGAUAGUAGAAGGGAGGUGCGCAACUGGUUUCUAUUCAAGAAUCCGCCCUGGAGAUUAUCUCCUCUUUAACGGGGUUCUGGUUAUGGAAACGAAGGACGUUCGGGCAUACGAAAGCUUUCAGAACAUGCUGGAAACGGAAGGGCUUGAGAACGUCCUUCCUGGUAUUGAAAGCGUGGAAGAAGGCAUUGGCAUCUACCGUGGUUUCUACUCCAGGGAAACUGAAGCUCUCGGUGUUUUGGCACUUCAUGUCUCCCAACCUAUCCAGCCUCGCAACGCUGUCACUGCGCUGCUGCAAAGCCUCAAAGUCGAAGGCGUAGCGUCACUUCUUGGACUAAGAGCAACAAAAGGAACACUUGUGUCUGCCCUUCCACCGCCGAGAUCUCGUCUUCUCGCAUCUUUUCUUGCGAGAAAUUCAGAAAGUGUACCCUCCAGUAAGCUCACUGUAGGAGGCCGUGCGUUGGCCAAACAUGUGAAUCGAAGUUCUGCUGGCUGGUGGGGUGCUUGCAGUGGAACAGAAACUGCAAAGAACAAGAUAGCGUUGAAAGCGGUGUGUCGAAUUAUUGAUCAAGCUUCCUGGAUGAACAUACACCAUCUUCCUCAGUCAACACAUAUAUUUGAGAUCCGUGUACAAGAUGGAUAUGGUGCAAGGUGGUCAUCUGAUGGAAAGCAGUUCAGAGGUUUCGUGGAGCCACCCAUGAAGGACGGCCAUUCCUCCAAAUGGAGGCAUUGAAUGGUAGCUGUGUUGGAAACAUCAGAUCCGUAUUGGUUUUACUUUGAGAGGUGCCAAUGGAUUUCUCGGUACAAAAUUUGGUAAUCUUGCCAUUCCGAAGUUGAUAUUCUUGUGGGACUGGAUUUACUGCAAGAGAACGAUACGUCGAUCUCUUCUUCCUGAAAGAUGAAAGCUUGAAAAGUAGUGGUGUCCCAUUCAAUCUGCUACACAGCCUGGCUGGUUCAAAGUUCUAACAGGAUCGACAGCUGGGUUGAAGCCCGUAUGGCAUGGAUCCUUGUCCAGGACGUGGAACAAUACGGUACGUUGGCAUGCAUUUUGUAACCUAAAGCUUUCACUAGUGUUAGCAGCUAGAAAUAGUACUUGGCCUUUGGUGUGGGACUGAUGCAUAUGUGAGACCUUCUCCUUCUCCUUAAUGUCUAGACAGCUUAGUUUCUCCCACGAGACACACGCAUUUGAUUCCAUGAGGUAAGUCAUCGCCUCCCAAGGGAUUAUAGUUCUCAAACCCAAAAGCAAAAAAUCAUGUCUAGUUCUUUUCUAGUAGUGGGCUUCACUUCAUCUAUUUAUUAAAUAUAUUAUUUUCAUUUUAUUA